AUGGAGAAACCCGCAGCUUACAAGGAAUUCGUUCUGUGCUUCGACGGCACAGGAUACAGAUUCCGCGGCGACGACGCAGACAGCAAUGUCCUCAAAAUAUACAGAAUGCUCAACCGCAACAACCCCUCCCAGCUACACUACUACCAGCCCGGAGUCGGCAGCAACACAACCUCCAUAUGGCAAGUCUACGAAGCGCAUAAGAACAAGCUGAAACGGUGGUUCCUCAACACCAAGGACGCAGCGAUGGGGACGACAUUCGACGACCACGUUAUGGACGGGUAUCGAUACCUGAUGCGCUUCUACUGCCCGGGCGACGGGAUCUACAUCUUCGGCUUCAGCCGCGGGGCAUAUGUCGCGCGCAUGCUGGCUGAGAUGCUCGACCAUAUCGGACUCCUCGAGGCAGGGAAUGAAGGCAAAGUGCGCUAUGUGUGGAAUAUAUACUCGCAGUGGGCGAAGCAGAGUAACAGCAUUGACGUGGAGCAAGCCGAGAAGGACAGGUUGUAUAAGUAUAUGAAAGCGCUGCGGGAGACGUUCUGCCGGCCCGUGUCGCAGAUUCGCUUUCUGGGGCUGUUUGAUACGGUGAAUAGUAUUCCGCGGUUCGAGGUGAAUCGCAAUAAAUUCCUGUUUCCUUAUACGGCGAGGACGUCAGCGAGGGUUAUUCGGCAUGCGGUUGCGAUUGAUGAGCAUCGUGCGAAGUUUAGGGAGGACCUCUUGUCAGAUACGAAUCCGAAUAUGACCCAGAAGGAGAGGAAGAGGCGGGCUCGUUUGAACGGACAUGAGAAGCUUGAGCAGGGGCAUUAUUCUGGGGAGGCGUACUAUCGGCCUUCUCUUGACCGGCGGCAGACUAGCUCUGGGGACCAAACACUUACGGGAUCCAGUGCUUCGAACGACGUUGACGAAGAGAAGGCCUAUGACCAGGACAUCGAGGAGGUGUGGUUCCCUGGGUGUCACGCUGAUAUUGGCGGCGGACGGAAAUUAGACGAGGAUGAAGAAUACGCGCUGAGCCAUGUGCCGUUGGUGUGGAUGGUGAACGAAGCUCAGGAUGCAGGACUGCAGUUUGACCCUGAGAAGAGGAAGCUAUUCCGCUGUUUCUACGAUCCUAGGGAUAGUUGCCUUUCACCUACUGAGAAGGUAACGGUCAAUCAACAAGAGACGGAUGAAUUAGCACAAUUCAAGUCGGCUCUCUGGCGAGCAGCUACCACCAGCCGUAUACAUGAUUUCCUCCAGUACGGCCAGGGCGUCGCGUGGACUACUGUUCUAACUUGGAAGAUAGUCGAAUACCUCCCCCUUCGCAGGAUUGGCUUGCAGGAGGAUGGAUCGUGGAGAGUCAUUCGAUGGCCUCUGCCUCUUGGGGAGCGACGUGAUGUCCCCAGGGACGCCAAAGUACAUUUAUCAGCUGUUCGGCGCAUGGAAGCCAACUCGAAUUACAGACCGGACAAUCUGAUCCGGGGGAAAAGAUGGAAGAAGAAGUGUCCGAGGGAGUUUGGGAUAGGGCAGUGGGAGGCGUAUACCCAUUGCGGUUGUCCGAUACGAGAGACAUAUCAGAAGAUGCCUGACACGAGGACAUAG